AUGGCCAUCGAUGCAACCGCAACGUCGGUAGAGCCAACAUCUCUUGGCCGUACUCUCCUUGCAGUUGGCAUUUUCUUUCUCAUUCCGACAUUAAUUAUCCUUAUUCUGAGAUAUUACGCUCGGUUAAAACACCAUAUUUUUGACGUCGAUGAUGGUCUCAUGCUGGUCGGUUGGAAUGAUGGACGAAAGUUCCUCUGGUGCUUCCAAGUCACAUACUGCUUCUCGUUGCUGUUUCUCAAAAGCUCCAUUUGCGUCACCCUUCUCCGCAUCGCCGUGAUCGAAACACACCGUAUUAUCAUCUGGUGCAACCUCAAAUUUGCCAUAUUAUCUACAAGCGUCGUUAUUAUCGGGCUGUUCCUCAUCUGCCGGCCAAUUUCUAUCGCUUGGGGCCAUACAGGAACAUGUGCAUCAACAGUAGUCAUUGCAAGCCUCGGCUAUCUUGUAUCUGCUGGCGCAGUCGUGACAGAUUGGAUCUGUGCUAUCUUGCCUCUCUUUAUGCUCUACAAAUUCAACAUGAAGUUAGCGACAAAGAUUGGCGUCAGUGCUGUUCUGGGAUCGGCCGCUUUGUGA